AUGGAGGGCAGUUCUAUACUCCAUGCUUUUACUAACAUUUAUUUUGCCAUUUUUGCUUUGUUUUGCUUCAAGCUUUUAAUUAAGAUUUCCUUGGCUCUGCUGACCCAUUUCUAUAUUGUUAAAGGCAACAGAAAAGAGGCUGCCAGGAUAGCAGAAGAGAUCUAUGGAAUAGUCCCAGGCAGCUGGGCAGACCGAUCUCCUCUUCAUGACGCUGCCUUCCAAGGACGCCUCCUGUCUUUGAAAACCUUGAUUGCCCAGGGUUUCAACGUGAACCUGGUGACGACAGACCGUGUGUCAGCUCUCCAUGAGGCCUGCCUGGGUGGCCACGUCGCCUGUGCAAAGGUGCUGCUGGAGAAUGGUGCUCAGGUCAACGCAGUCACUAUUGAUGGGAUCACUCCUCUGUUCAAUGCCUGCUGCAGUGGCAGUGUGGCCUGCGUCAACAUGCUGCUCGAAUUCGGAGCCAAGCCGCAGCUCAGGAACCACCUUGCUUCGCCCAUUCAUGAAGCAGUCAAGAGAGGUCACAGGGAGUGCAUGGAGAUCCUUCUGGCCCAUGAGGUUGACAUUGACCAAGAAGACCUGCAGCACGGGACCCCGCUCUACGUGGCUUGCACAUACCAGAGGACAGACUGUGUCAAGAAGCUUCUGGAGCUCGGAGCCAACGUUAACAUGGGGAAGCGAUUAGACACCCCCCUCCACGCGGCAGCAAGGAAAUCCAGUGUGGAGGUAGUCGUCUUGCUGACAGACUACGGUGCCAACCCAAAAUGCAGAAAUGCUGAACUCAAAUGCCCCCUGGAUCUUGCCGUACCCAACAGCAAAGUGGAGCAGGCACUUCUGCUUCGGGAAGGUCCUGCCAGCCUUGCCCAGCUGUGCCGAUUGUGCAUCAGAAAGCAUCUAGGUCGGUCGUGCCUAUACACAGUCCACAAGCUGCACCUGCCUGAGCCACUUGAGAACUUUCUUCUUUAUCGAUAA